AUGGUCCAGUCCGCUAUUCUCGGUUUCCCCCGCAUGGGUGUCAACCGUGACCUGAAGAAGGCCACCGAAGCUUACUGGGGUGGAAAGCUCUCUCAGGCUGACCUCCUUGCCGAGGCCAAGCGUCUGCGUCUUGCGCACUGGAAGAUUCAGAAGGAUGCCGGCGUCAGCUCCAUCCCCAGCAACGACUUCGCCCUCUACGACCAGGUCCUCCACCAGAUCCAGGACUUUGGUGCUGUUCCUGAGCGCUACACCAAGGAUGGCCUUGACCCCAUUGACCAGUACUUCGCCAUGGGCCGUGGUCACCAGAAGGGCGGCGUUGACGUCCCCUCCCUGGAGAUGGUCAAGUGGUUCGACUCCAACUACCACUACGUGAAGCCUACCCUGCAGGACAACCAGACCUUCAAGCUUGUUGACAGCCCCAAGGCUGUUGUCGAGUUCAAGGAGGCCAAGGAGGCUGGCAUUGAGACCCGCCCUGUUCUCGUCGGCCCUGUCACCUUCCUCCACCUCGGCAAGGCUGACCGUAACCAGUCGGUCGACCCCAUUGACCUGCUUGACAAGCUUCUGCCUGUUUACGAGGAGUACCUCACUCAGCUCAAGGCCGCCGGUGCCGAGGUCGUCCAGAUCGACGAGCCCGUCCUCGUCUUUGACCUGCCCGCCAAGACCAAGGCUGCUUUCAAGCCCACCUACGAAAAGUUCGCCAGCCUUGGCGACAAGAUCCCCAAGCUCGUCUUCACCACCUACUUCGGUGACAUUGUCCACAACCUCGACCUCGUCCCCAAGGACAUCUAUGCUGUCCAUGUUGACCUUGUCCGCAACCCUGAGCAGCUCGAGACCGUUAUCGGUGCUCUCGGCCCCAAGACUAUCCUCUCUGCCGGUGUCGUCGACGGCCGUAACAUCUGGAAGACCAACCUUAAGCGUGCCAUCGAGAUUGUUGAGUCUGCUAUCCAGAAGCUUGGCAAGGACCGUGUCAUUGCCGCCACCUCCUCUUCCCUCCUCCACACCCCCCACACACUCGCUUCCGAGAAGAAGCUCGACGCCGAGGUCGCUGACUGGUUCUCGUUCGCCUCUGAGAAGGCCGUUGAGAUUGCCCUGAUCGCCAAGGCCGUCACCGAGGGCCCCGCCUCCGUCAAGGAGCAGCUCGAGGCCAACGCCAAGUCCAUGCAGGCUCGUGCUUCUUCGGCCCGCACCAACAACCCUCAGGUCAAGGAGCGCCAGUCCAAGAUCACUCCCCAGGACUACAGCCGCAAGGCUGAGUUCCCCGUCCGUAUUGGCGAGCAGGAGAAGAAGCUCAACCUUCCUCUCUUCCCCACCACUACCAUCGGUUCUUUCCCCCAGACCAAGGAGAUUCGCCAGCAGCGCCAGCGUCUCACCAAGGGCGAGAUUACUGAGGCUGAGUACGACAAGUUCAUCGAGAAGGAGAUUGAUGACAACGUCCGCAUUCAGAAGGAGCUUGGCCUUGAUGUCUACGUUCACGGCGAGCCUGAGCGUAACGACAUGGUCCAGUACUUCGGUGAGCGCCUCGACGGCUAUGCUUUCACCACCCACGCCUGGGUUCAGUCCUACGGUUCUCGCUGCGUCCGUCCCCCCAUCAUUGUCGGUGACAUCUCUCGCCCUGCCCCCAUGACUGUCAAGGAGUCCAAGUACGCCGUCUCCGUCUCUGACAAGCCCAUGAAGGGUAUGCUUACUGGCCCCGUCACCUGCCUCCGAUGGUCGUUCCCCCGUGACGAUGUCCAUCAGUCCGUCCAGGCUGAGCAGCUCGCUCUUGCCCUCCGUGAUGAAGUCGUCGACCUCGAGAAGGCCGGCGUCGACGUCAUCCAGGUCGACGAGCCCGCUCUCCGUGAGGGUCUCCCCCUCCGCUCUGGCAAGGAGCGUGACGCUUACCUCGCCUGGGCUGUCAACGCCUUCAAGCUGUCCACUGCCGGUGUCGAGAACGCCACCCAGAUCCACUCCCACUUCUGCUACUCGGAGUUCCAGGACUUCUUCCACGCCAUUGCUGCCCUCGAUGCCGAUGUCCUCUCCAUCGAGAACAGCAAGUCCGAUGCCAAGCUCCUCCGCGUCUUCGUCGACUCUGCCUACCCUCGCCACAUCGGACCUGGUGUCUAUGACAUCCACUCUCCCCGUGUUCCCAGUGAGCAGGAGAUCAAGGACCGUAUCCAGGAGAUGCUCCAGUUCCUCAAGCCCGAGCAGCUGUGGAUCGACCCUGACUGCGGUCUCAAGACCCGUCAGUGGAAGGAGACCAAGGAGGCCCUGGCCAACAUGGUUAGCGCCGCCAAGGCUUUCCGUGCCCAGCACGCCAAAUAA